CAGCCCGAGAUCGUCCCGCGGGACGCGCCGGUAGCUUCUGCUCGGAUAUAAAGUGAUCGCGUGCUUGCAAGCUCAGUCACAUCACCCUCGACUCUACCACGGCAAUAAUCACACGCCAGCUUAUUUGCUUCCCUCCACACUAACAAUAUUUAUUUAUCACCGACUUCCGCAAUCUACCACCUGUUCGCGACAGCCAACACCUCCAAUAACCGCCAACAUUUACUUCCGAUAAUUGAUCCACUGAAGACUCACUUAUAAUUCCGGCACACGAAAAUGAUGUCCAGAAUAACAUUUUUGGCUGUGAUCGCGGUGAUAAUCCUGGUGGGGUGGAGUGCAGCUCUUCCGGCAAACAAGGAACGAUAUCUGAAUGAGCUUGACCUGGUCGAUGACGACGGAACCAUGGACACAGCUUUGAUAAAUUACCUCUUCACAAAGCAGAUCGUAAAGCGUCUUCGCAAUCAGAUGGACAUCGGUGAUUUACAGCGUAAGCGCACAUAUUGGAAACAGUGCGCCUUCAACGCAGUAUCAUGCUUCGGUUAAGACACCAAUUAGCAUAAUAUAUACACACAUAUAAUAAUCAUAACUUGAUUAAUAUAUUUGUCUUAUUCACUCUACCUCCUAGAUGUAGUUCUGUAAUCCGUCGAAAAUUAAUCGGCGGACUUAGAAAAUUUAAACCUCGCUAAAAUUUAAAUUUCCGGCACAAAUUUAAUUAUCAAAUUAAAUCAAAUAUAUAUAUGUUAUAUAUAUUAUAUUGAUGUUUCCUAUAUAAAUGUGAAUAUAUAUUAAUAUAAAUAUAAUAAUAUAUGAGUAUAAUGUUAUCUUCUUGGUUUUGAGUAAUUUAUUUAUAAACAAUCUCUAACUGAGUUUAACUUAGACCGGCUUCAAAAUUAUUUUAAUUGACGUAGGAGGAUAUUAUACUAUAUUUAUUAUUAUUAUUAUUAUUCUUAUUCUUAUUAUAAUUAUUAUAUAAAACAAAAUUUAAGUAUUUAUAAUUCAAAAGCUUUAUUUUAAACAUUGUAUAAGAUAAAAGUUGGUCUGAAUUUAUGUAACGUUGAUUUUAAAAUAAAAUAUACACAUAUAUAUCUAUAAAA